ACUCUUCCCCUUUCAGCUUAACCCUAAACCCCCAUUUGUGUGUCCCUUUUAUAAUACCCCAUCAGUCCUCCUUCUUCAUCACCUACAGAGAUGCCUUUCUUCACAUCUAUGUUUUUCCCUGUCCUGUACCUCUUAUUCUGCACAGAAAACCCAUCCUGAGUUCUGUGCCGCACAGUUGUUUCUUACCUCCCCCUGUUUCCUCUGUUUCUCUGGAUUUAUCACUCUUCCUUGGUUUCUCCUCCUUCUCUUUGAUACCCAGAUCGUUUUUUCUGGUUUUAAAGAGUUUUGGAGAAUACCCAUAUUGUUUUAGGUCUUGUUCUUAGUUGGAUAGUGUUGGUUUGAUAUUUUUCUCCAUUGGGAUUGGAGAAUUCUAGUAGAAUUUUGAUCCUGAAUGGGGAUUGAGGCUAAGCUGGCUGAAAUUAAAGGGAAAGAGUUAUCCAAAUUUCCAGAGGAAACGCGUGCCAAUAGCAUUACCAAUUCAAAUACCAGGAGGAACAGAACUAGUUCGAAAUCGAAUCAGAAAGGGAAGAAGAACAAGAGGCGGCAGAAGAAGAUGGCAGUUUCCCCAGUUCAGAGGCUGUACGAUACCUGCAAAGAAGUAUUUGCCUCUUGUGGGGCUGGAAUUGUCCCCUCCCCUGAGGAUAUCGAACGGUUACAGACAGUUUUGGAUGAAAUUAAACCAAAAGAUGUUGGUCUUACUCCAGGUAUGCCAGAUUUCUGUGCAGUGGGAACUGGGCGAACCCCACCAAUAACGUACCAACACAUUUUUGAAUGUGACAAGUUUUCCAUGGGGAUCUUUUGUCUGCCACCAUCUGGUGUCAUUCCUCUACACGAUCACCCUGAGAUGACAGUUUUCAGUAAGCUCCUCUUCGGGACCAUGCACAUCAAAUCUUAUGACUGGGUGGGUGAUGGACCUUGCAACACUUCAGCAGUUAUGGGUUCUUCACAGACACAGAGUCAGCAACCUGAAGUCCGGUUGGCCAAGGUUAAGGUUAACUCCAACUUCACUGCUCCUUGCAAAACCUCUAUCCUUUUCCCAGCUGACGGAGGCAAUAUGCAUUGCUUCACAGCCGUGACAGCCUGUGCGGUGCUAGAUGUGCUUGGCCCUCCAUACGAUGAUCUUAGAGGACGGCCCUGCACCUACUACCGUGAAUUUCCCUUCUCCAAGUUCUCAGUUGAUGGCGUAUCAGUACCUGAAGCAGAUAAGGAUGUUCAUGGAUGGCUUCAGGAGAGAAAGGGGAAACUGGAGGACUUGGUUGUCACUGGAGCAACGUACAGAGGUCCAGCAAUCGUGGAGAAUUGAUUAUAAAGCCAUCAGAAAAAAAAAAAAAAAUUGUUGCAAUACUCUGCAUCUUCUCAACCAUGUACUUUCAGCUACUCAUGCAACAACAGGAAUUUUUCUUCCUUUCUUUUUUUUUCCCUGUUUCUUUCUCCUGAGUGGGACAUCACAUCAACAAAGAGCAGUACUCUCUGCUUUUCCCUUUUUACAAUCCUACAGUUUCUGUACAUAAAAGGGUAAAAAAAAGUAAACGAAACUGUUGAUUAGUGGUCCGACAGGCACUGUUGUAGCUUAACGAGGGAAAACGGAAAAUGAUAAAAAUGGGGUUCUUUUACGAGCAUGUCUGUCUCCAUUAUCCAAAAUUGAAACUGUAUCCAUGGUAGGUGUAUGUGAAUGAAACUGCUUGGCCAUU